AUGCAUCGAUCAGCACGGGCUGUCUUGUUGGCGAGGAGAUGUAGUGAAUCGCGUAAUCUUCGAGCUUUAGCUGUUCGUUACUGUUCGGAUUCGGGAGAUAAUGGUAACAAUAAGAACAAAGGCGAUGGAGGUGGUGAUUUAACAACAAGUUCCCCGAAAGUACCUGCCCGAUCUUUCGGAAACUGUAAACAUUGCGAUAAACCGUUAAAGCCGGCACCUACAUUUACACCAACUAACCGUUAUAUUUAUUGUGACAGCUGUAACAACUUGUAUAUUAGUAAUUUUAUCGAAGAUAGCACGAAACAGUGGAAUCUGAAAACAGAACAGAAGCGUUCACCCCCAUAUCCUUCACAGAUUUCGGACUAUUUGGAUAGGUUCGUUGUUGGUCAGAAACAAGCUAAAAAAACUUUGGCAGUUGGAGUUUAUCAGCAUUAUCGCCGACUAGAACAUAAUAUCGAAACUGGAGCGGCUAUUGUACCUCAAACCAAAGAUGAAUCCAAAUUACCUAGAGGUGUCAUGUUCCAAGACGAAGUUCGACUUGGGCACAUGGCGUCUACAGACUUGAGGAAUCCCACUAGUCCAUACCUUCAGUCUCAACAAAUCCCAAGUACUACUACUGUGACCAGAAGAAGCCCCCCAGUCUUUCGAUCCAUUCCUGAUAAGGAACCUGCUGUUCGUCUUGAAAAGUCAAAUAUUCUACUUAUCGGACCAUCCGGCGUUGGUAAAACCUACCUCACUCAGACUUUAGCUAGAGUAUUAGAUGUACCUAUCGCAAUGUGUGACUGUACUUCUUUGACUCAAGCCGGAUAUGUUGGAGAAGAUGUUGAGAGUGUAAUCCAGAAGUUAGUUCAAGCUGCCGGCGGCAAUGCAGAGAGAGCGCAACAAGGAAUUGUCUUUUUGGAUGAAGUGGAUAAAAUCGCUGCUGCUCAUGAAGGACAUUCUCCUGCUUACCGAGAUGUUUCGGGAGAAGGAGUUCAGCACGCAUUACUUAAACUUGUUGAAGGCACAGUUGUUAAUGUUAAAAGUGGACGAAAAGGUGUUGGAGCUCAACAGGAUACAGUUCAGGUAGAUACUUCUGACAUCUUAUUUGUUGCUUCUGGGGCUUUCACAACUUUGGAUAAAAUUGUUGGUAGACGACUCGACAAGAAAUCGUUAGGGUUUGGGUCAUCUUCUGGAGAAAUAAGAGUAUCAACGGACGAUAGUAACUACGAAGCCGCAAAGAAGAGAGAUUCCCUUCUAACACAAGCUGAUCAAGGUGAUCUAAUUAAUUUUGGAAUUGUCCCAGAGUUGGUUGGUAGAUUCCCUGUGCUUGUACCUUUCCAUUCCUUUGAUAUCGAGAUGCUUGUGAGAGUUCUCACUGAGCCUCAGAACUCUUUAUUAGCUCAGUUGAAGCUGCAGUUUGCCAUCGACAAUGUUGAUCUAAGUUUCUCUGAUGAAGCUUUGGAAUCUGUUGCGAAACUUGCCUUAGAAAGGAAAACAGGAGCACGAGCUUUACGUUCAAUUCUUGAAUCAGUACUCUUGGAUGCUAAAUUCACAGUCCCUGGUAGUGACAUUGAAGCGAUUCAUGUCACAAGAAAUGCUGUUCACGGUGGAUCCGUGGAGUAUGCCAGAAGACAAGAUAACGAAUCAACUGCUGCUGCUGCAGCGAUGUAA